UGUCUAUGCUUUAUGUUUUUAAUUUUAUUGUAAUUUUUAUUUCAUUUCUCGCAAGUUGCAUUGCCUACUUCAGUCUCCACCCGUUUAGUGUUUUCCUUAUAAACUAUAUUUUAUGUGUACAGUUGCAUAUUACGUUUUAAAGUUUAAGGAAAGAAGAUUACGUUACGUUAAAAAGUAUACUGAGCUGAGCUUGUCGCAUCCUCUUCUUCGCCUUUUCAAAAACCUGUCAGAUUACGCAGACGCACAUUUGCAAUGUAGUCUAUCAUCGUGCGAAAACUUCUACAGGAUGAUGUAGCAGCUACAAAUCUAGUUGAACUAUUUCACAAAUCGACGGAAUAGUCCUGUACCAUUUCCUCUGUACGGAUCACUUCAGUAGGGCGAUAUGGACUUGCUGUCUCCGGACGCGGAGAGAAGCGCGGCUACAGGCAGCGUGAAGAGUGAAGACAGCACGCCCCCGCACGAGGGCGGGCGGGGCUCGCCGCCGCCCAACUGCGCCAUCUGCCUGGGCACCUGCCGCAACAAGUGCUUCACCGACUCGUGCCUGCACCAGUUCUGCUUCAAAUGUCUACUAACAUGGAGCAAGGUAAAGGCGGAAUGCCCGCUUUGCAAACAGAACUUCAAAUCAAUAAUACACAACGUGCGCUCCAACCACCAGUAUGAGGAGUAUAUGGUAGAGCAGCGAGUGGAAACCAUACCGGACCCUGCGGUGGAUCUUAGCAAUGCCACCAGGAGGUUCCGUUACAGGACGACGCUAACGCUGCCGCGGCGCGACACGCUCGCCAUCCAGCACCUGCUGAUGCACUACCCGAUGAUGGCGGGCGUGCUGCCGCCGCCCUCGCCCUCGUCGGCGGCGCACGUGCACGCGCACGCGCACGCGCACGUGCACGCGCACGCCGGCCCCGUGCCCGGCCCGCCGCCGCGCCGCCGCCGCCGCUCGCCCAACUCCUUCCGCCGCACCGUGUACCGCCACAACCUGUGGGCGCGCCCGCUGCCGGACUUCACGGGCCGGUACAGGGACUGCUCGCCGGAGUUCUACAGACGCAACGACUCGCAGAUCCACCGCCUGGUGCCGUGGCUGAGCCGCGAGCUGCACUACCUCCUGAACGAGAACGCGGGCCACAUCUCGUACGUGAUGGCGCGUCUGCUGGAGCUGUUGCCGCAGCACCACAUCACCUCCGCGGAGUUCGCCGCCGCCGUGCAGAGGUACUUCGGGGACCGCACCGAGCACUUCCUCCACGAGCUGCACUGCUUCGCCUCCACCCCCUACGACAUGGCCGGCUACGACCGCCAGGUGCAGUACACCACCGACACGAGGAUAUCCACCGUGGUCAACGAGAUCUCCAGUACGGAUUCCGACUCGGAUUCCGAUAUAGUGAUGGUGUCGUCGUCGGCCCCGCACCCGGAGCCCCCGCCCGGCCCCUCCCGGCCUCCGGCUCCCGGCGUAGUCCCCAUCGAGACCGUGUCGCACUCCGGCACCGACGACGACGAGGAAGUGGUAGUGGUCGGGUACAUCAAGCCGCCGGCGGACCGGACGCCCGAAGUGGUGGACCUGGUCGGGUCGGACAGCGACGUCGUGGUGCAGGAGGCCCCGGAGCCGGAGAGGAACCUCGUGAAGUUGAGUCUGACGCGACGUCGCGUGCCGAGCGACAGCGACAGCAGCUACGUGCCCGAGCCGGAGGAGAGACCCAAGCGGAAGCGACGGGCCCGGUCGGUCUCCACCACGGACUCGGAGCGACUCACUCCCUCCCCGCCCCCCGCCCCGGCCCUGCCCCCGCCCCCGCCCCCGACCCCGCCCCCGCCCACUCCCCCGCCGGAGUGCGACGCGUCGUCGGCCGCCGAUCCGUCCUCGUCCUCGGACUCCGAGGACCGGCGUCGCCGCAACCCGAAACGCGCGCGCCGGAAAAGUCGCAAAGGCAAGAAGCGCAGUAAAAAGAGUCCCCCGCGCCACCGCGAGCGUCGCAAGGUCUCGGACCGACCCGAGCACGAGUCCCGCCACGGCCACGGCGUCAAAAGUUCCCGGAGACCGGAGGAGCCCGAGCCGGGGCCCAGUACGAGCCGGGCAUCGAGGCUCCGGAGCGUGGUCAAUGUCCCGGCCAAAUCCAGCGACUCGAGCUCCAGCGGCCCCUCGAACCUCCUCAACCUCCUGAGCAGCGCCAUCCUGAACCCGCGCUCGAACGUGCUCGCCUACAACAGCGACGGCGGCUCCGCGCCCGACUCGCGCCGGGCGCUGCAGACGGAGCGCCUGUUGUGGAGGGCGGACUCCUGUUUCAAAACUGAAUCUUCGGGGUCCGACCCGGAGGAUGAUCUGCCCCUUAACCUGUCCGUGCAGCGGUCGCACCCGCUUUAAAGUGGUAAAGUUAUACACGUUCCGACUAAGAUCGGCAGGAAGGUACCGACUCGGCUCCAGGCCGGAGCUCGUCUACGAACAGAGCGCUUUAACAGCACAUAAAUGCGUGCAAUCUGAUUGUGAAUCAAAUCUGGACUAGAUCAAAACCGGAUUGUGUGGAACGUGUUAGCGGUGAGGGUUCCUCUCGUGAUAUUGUGAUACAUUUAUACUAGGCGACGGACGCUCGGGUGCCGUCAUUGUACAGUGACCUAUUUAUGUAGAUAUUAUUUGAUCGAUUGCUAAGUGCGUUGCGAAGACUGUUUUCGAUGCUUUGCGAGAUUUUCUUCGAUUCUAAUGAGACUUUAUUUACCUCUUUGAGGCCGCCUUAACCAGGCUUCCUUCACUCGCUCAAGGCCACGCUCUAUAUGCCUACGCUCGGCGUAUCGUCAACGAUACAACCGACAGAGGGCCGCCGAACGCAAAUAGUUACUACGUAACAGAUACAUCAUUCCCAUACUAAAGCGAAAAUACCUACGCUAUAAUAGCCUGCAAAAUCUUAAUAAUAAUACCUGCUGCUCAGGACGAGAAGAAAUGUACCAUAAGUACGCGCACAAAGAGUCGAGACUGCCUUGCUCGCCGUGCGAGUCACGUGCCAACGCGUCAUCGUUCAGAAUGCGCUAGGGUUGUACUGUUAAUUAUGUUAUUAUUGUAAUAAAACCAAUGUUGCGAAUCAACCAUAUUUUUUAUUAGUCAAUCAAAUAUAAAAACAACCUGACUCAAAAAACUCCUUAAUUUACGAUUUACCUACUUAUGUUCAAAGAAAUAAAUGGUGACAAAAUUCAUAAAGACAGGUUUAAAACACUACUCACCUUUCUUCGUCUCUCGGAAAUGAAAAAAACGACAAAUUUUCCUUUGUUUUUUGACUUUUACACCCAUCUACUGCACAAUAAUUACGUGGUUUCGGCAUUUCGAAGCGUAGGUGCGGGAAACGUGCGGUGCGAGCGCUCAGGCGGGCGUUCGGCGGCCCUCUGUCGGUUGUAUCGUCGACGAUACGCCGAGCGGUAGGCAUAUAGCGCGUGGCCUUGAGCGAGUGAAGGAGGCCUGCUACUACUUACUUUAUUCUGUAAAUGUUACUCUGUAUGAUCGUACGAAUCGUUGGCAGUAACACAACUAUUUUAAAAUGCAACAUUGGCAACUAAUUAUUUUAAAUUGUAUUCUUCUCUAUAUGAAAAUUUAUAAGGAAAAGAUAGGACUUAAUUGGAAAUUGAAAAAAAACAGCAGAGAUUCCUUGAAUGGUUUUAACAUUCCAUGUAAGUAUAAUAUUUGAAUUACGAGUAUCAAUACAUAUUCAAGUCCUGUCUUUUCUCUUGGAAUAAGUACUUGUGAUGUACAAAAUGUUACGAUGAUUGUCCCGCCCGACUUCAGUUUGUAUUUAUGGAACGUUGUGAUACGGGUAUUUAAUUAGAUCGGUAACUGCAUUAUUACCGUAUUAUUUAUAAUCAAAAUGGAAGAUAAAACUAAUGAAAUAAAUGUACAAUAGACAAAAUUA